AUGUACCGCGAGCGGACGCGUCCCCUUUUGCAUUGUCCGAUUGGCUCGACCAUGUCGUCGUCGUCCGCUCCUGAGCGUACCAUCUUCGUGUCGUCCCGCAAGAGCCCGUUGGCUAUGGCACAGACCACUACCGUCAUCUCCAUGCUUGAGAGUCGCUUUCCAGCUCUUCGCUUCGUCGUGGGACAAGAGGACACUGUGGGCGACCAAGUUCUGGAUCGCCACUUGAGUGACUUGGGUACAUCCACUGCUUCUGGCCUCUUUACCAAGAGUCUAGAGGAAGCGCUUCUUGCAAAGACCGCCCACUUUGCUGUACACUCGCUCAAGGACAUGCCGACGACGCUACCAGAUGGUCUCGUGCUAGCUGCCAUCACUAAGCGAGAGAGUCCAGAGGACGCAGCGAUCGUUCAUCCCAAGCACAAGGCCAAGGGUCUCACGAAGCUCCAGCAGCUACCAGAGAAGAGUAUCAUUGGCACGAGCUCGCUGAGACGUGAAGCGCUGAUAAGGAGCCAUUUUCCGAGCUUUGAGGUCAAGACGCUGCGCGGCAAUAUCCAGACGAGAUUGGCCAAGCUGGAUGAAGCUGACGAGUACGACGCAAUUAUUGUGGCGGCCUGCGGGUUCCGGCGUGGCGGAUUGGGCGACCGCAUUGACGAGAUUCUGCCGAUCGACUCGUUCGGAUACGGCGUUGGUCAAGGAAGUAUUGGCGUGGAGUGUCGGGCGGAUGAUGAGCAGACAAUUGCGAUGCUCAAGACGAUAACGGAUGAAAAGUCGGCGCACUUGUGUAAGGCAGAGCGCAGUUUGCUGUACCAUCUCGAAGGCGGAUGUCAGAUUGCUAUGGGAGUGAGUGCAGCACUGGAUGGGGAUACACUGACGUUGAACGCAACUGUUUUGUCCCGUGACGGCAAGAACAGCGUUCAUGAAAGUAUCUCUGGAUCCUGUACAGAAGAUGAAGAGCUCGGUAAGAAACUGGCUGGACGCUUCUGGAACAACGAGCUGGCCCGACAGGUGCUUGGAAAGACCCACGAAAAACGUGCACUCACGUAUGGCGACGCCGAAGCUCCUGGUGAUGCUGCUGCUGCUGCUACUGCAGCAGCAUCAAUGUCAGAGAGGAUUGAGAGCUCCAAGUAG